GGGCGCGACAAACAGGAAAUAAGCUACCGGCUGGCUGUGGAGUUUAGGCUGAGAGCGGUGCGGUCUCCUCCCCGCUCCGACCUUGGUUGCAAUGGACAGUGCCCGAGAGUCGCCCACCGACAAAGGUGGAGAGACAGGGGAGUCAGAUGAGACCACCUCUGCCCCCGUAGUCCCCGGGACUGCAGACACAGACGCAAUCCCGGAGGAAACCGAUGCAGACGGAGAUGCGGACUUGAAAGAAGUCGUAGCGGAGGAAGGCGAGCUCAAGAGUCAAGAUGUCUCAGAUUCCACACCAGGUGAAAGGGAAGACUCAUUACUUGCUCCUGCAGCCAAAAAACUGAAAAUAGAGACCAAAGAAAAAAAGGAGAAAAAGCAAAAAGUAGAUGAAGAUGAGAUUCAGAAGAUGCAAAUCCUGGUCUCUUCUUUCUCAGAGGAGCAGCUGAACCGCUACGAAAUGUACCGCCGGUCAGCUUUCCCUAAGGCAGCCAUUAAAAGGCUGAUCCAGUCCAUCACCGGCACCUCUGUGUCCCAGAAUGUGGUCAUUGCCAUGUCCGGUAUCUCCAAGGUCUUUGUUGGGGAGGUGGUAGAAGAAGCACUGGAUGUGUGUGAGAAGUGGGGAGAGACCCCACCACUGCAACCCAAACAUAUGCGGGAGGCUGUGCGGAGGCUCAAGUCCAAGGGGCAAAUCCCCAACUCGAAGCACAAAAAAAUCACCUUCUUCUAGACUGAAGCCUGAAAGGCCUGCUACUGGGAGAAGGAAUUCUGGUUCUGGUUCCCUGCUCCCUGAGGCUUUCUGUACCGGUGCUGCAGCAUCGCAGUCCUCCAGGGAUCCCGUGAUGGUUUUAAUUCCACACUUAAAGGCAUGCAGACUGUUUCAGCUGCCCUGACUGAAUUUUGGGACCUCACAGGCCAUUUUGAGACGCUCAGCUGUCUCUGGAUAGCUGGAGGAAGAAAAGGGCAUGGACCUUCAGAAUCCUCUGAGCAGGAGCAGGAGCUGCUUCUGGAGAAAAUCUUUCAAGAAAAUUUUCAUGUUGAAGCCUAAAGUACCAAGACUUAGGCUGUCUCCUGCAUCUGGUUUUAAGUAGAUGAAACCAUCAGAAACUUGACUUGUGGAACUCUACCCAGAAGGAUGCGGUAACAGCAGUGGGCAAAGUUUGUGCUUGUGAACAUUUAAGAUUCUCCUGUGGAUUUUGGUGACUGAGUGUCAGAUUUUUCCAGCUUGUAAUCAUUUUGUGUGUAGCUGAUUGAAAUGGGGAGAAUUUCAUCAUUCUUUUUUGCCAUCCAAAUAAAAGGUAGCCUCGGC